GGCGCCCCGCUCUGUCUCCCGCUGCGCCCGGUUCCGUCCCGCUGCACCCCCGCAGGCCCCGCUGCUCCCGCUUCGUCCCGCUGCGCCCCGCAGCCUCCCGCGCCCCUCCGCGCUCUCCACCCACGCACCCCCGACCCUGCCAUGCCGCGCAGCGUUGCUUGGGCGCUGCUCUGGGCUGUAGCCCUGGGGCUCGGGGCGCGCGGGGCGCACGGCGCGGUAGCCCUCGCCGACUUCUACCCCUUCGGCGUGGAGCAGGGCGACUCGAUCACCCCCAAGCAGGACGACGGCGGCUCGGGGCUGCGGCCGCUCUCCGUGCGCUUCCCCUUCUUCGGCGCCGAGCACUCGGGCCUCUACGUGAACAAUAACGGGGUCAUCUCGUUCCUGAAAGAGGUAUCUCAGUUCACCCCGGCGGCUUUCCCUAUUGCCAAGGACCGCUGUGUGGUGGCAGCCUUCUGGGCUGAUGUGGACAAUCGACAUGCGGGCGAUGUGUUCUACCGCGAGGCCACCGAUGCUGCCACACUGCGCAGGGCCAGUGCCGAUGUUAAGCACUAUUUCCCUGAGCUGCCUGGCUUCUCGGCCACCUGGGCCUUCGUGGCCACCUGGUACCGUGUGACCUUCUUCGGAGGAAGUGCCUCCUCCCCUGUCAACACAUUCCAGACGGUGCUUCUCACCGACGGCAACUUCUCCUUCACCAUCUUCAACUACGCAGCCAUCACCUGGACCACGGGAACGCAUGCCAGCAGCGGGGGCAAUGCCACAGGCCUGGGGGGCAUCGCAGCCCAGGCAGGCUUCAAUGCAGGGGACGGGCAACGCUACUUUAGCAUCCCUGGCUCCCGCACCGCCAACAUGGCUGAUGUUGAAGCAACCACCAACGUGGGAGUGCCCGGCCGCUGGGCCUUCCGGAUCGAUGGUGCGCAGGUGCACGUGGGGGGCUGCAGUCCUGCAAUGUCCGUGUGCCUGGCACAGAAGCCCUGUCUCAACGGCGGGGAGUGCAUCGAUGACUGCAUGCCUGGCAGCCCCUCCUUUGCCUGCUCUUGCCUCUCGGGCUUCGAGGGACAGAGGUGCCACCUGGAUGUAAAUGAAUGUGCCUCUCAGCCAUGUCAGAAUGGGGGGACCUGUACCCAUGGUGUCAACAGCUUCAGCUGCCAGUGCCUGGCCGGUUUCCGGGGGCCUACCUGUGAAGCAGACAUGGAUGAAUGCAGCUCAGCACCCUGCCUGAAUGGAGGCUCCUGUGUGGACCUGCCGGGCAGCUUCUCCUGCCUGUGCCCGAAACCUUUUGAUGGCCCUCGCUGUGAGGCAGGAGGUCCCCUCAGGCCCGAUGCCUGCCUCGAUGCCCUAUGCCACAAUGGUGGCACGUGUGUGGACACCGACACCGGCUACGUGUGUGAAUGCCCUGGAGGGUUCAUGGGCCGUGACUGCAGUGAGAGAACUUUGGACACCUGUGAGUGCCACAAUGGAGGCCGGUGCCUGGGGGCCAAUAGUGCCACUUGCCAGUGCCCUCCAGGCUUCUUUGGGCUCCUGUGCGAGUUCGAGGUCACAUCCACGCCUUGUGACAUGAACACACAGUGUCCGGAUGGUGGCUACUGUAUGGAGCAUGCGGGCAGCCACCUAUGCGUGUGUCACCACAGCCACCCCAGCACCAGCCACUCCAUGCCUUCGCCCUGCGACUCGGACCCCUGCUUCAACGGGGGUUCGUGUGAUGCCCAGGAUGGGGUCUACACAUGCGAGUGUCCCAGCGGCUUCCAAGGGCAGCACUGCGAAAAAGCCAAGCCUCGGCUGUGCAGCUCGGGGCCCUGCCGCAACGGGGGAACCUGCCGGGAGACAGGCGGCGACUUCCACUGCAGCUGCCCCUUCCGCUUCACAGGACGCCGCUGCGAGAUCGGGAAGCCGGACCCCUGCGCCUCGGGCCCCUGCCACAAUGGCGGCACCUGCUUCCACUACAUCGGCAAAUACAAGUGCGACUGCGCCCCGGGCUUCUCGGGGUCGCACUGCGAGCACGCCCCGUCUCCCUGCUUCUGGAGCCCGUGUGUGAACGGAGCCACCUGUGAGGACCGGGGCUCGGAUUUCGCUUGCCGCUGCCCGCCAGGGUUCACUGGCCGCAGGUGUCAGGCAGAGACAGACAAGUGCAGAUCCCAGCCCUGCUUGCAUGGAGGUACCUGCCAGGAUCUGCCUGUGGGGUAUCUAUGCCACUGCCGCCCAGGGCGUGAGGGGGCCCGCUGUGAGAGGGAGGUGCGCAUGUGCCAGGCGCAGCCAUGCAGGAAUGGAGGCUCCUGCCAGGACAUCCCGGGUGCCUUUGUGUGCAAGUGUCCCACUGGCUUCUCAGGAGCCCUCUGUGAUCAGGAGGCAACCCCUUGUGCCUGCAGCCCCUGCCAGCACGGAGGCCGCUGUGAGGACGGUGGGGCCGGGGCCUACCUGUGCGUGUGCCCUGAGGGCUUCUUCGGGUACCACUGCGAGACAGCAGGCGACCCCUGCUUCUCCAGCCCCUGUGGGGACCACGGCUACUGUCUGGGCAACAAUGGCUCCCACAGUUGUGCCUGCAGGGCUGGCUACACUGGCGAUGGCUGUGGCCAAGAGCUGCCGCCGCCCACGGGCCUGGAGCUGCAGCAGGUGGAGGAGAGUGGUCUGUGGGUGUCCUGGCACCCACCCGCUGACCCAGCUGCCCAGCAGCUGCUGGAUGGCUAUGCAGUAUCCUAUGCCUCGUCUGACGGCAUCCCCCGCCGCACCGACUUCGUGGAGCGAAGCCACUCGUCACACCAGCUGCAGGCGCUGGCAGCCGGCCGGGCCUACAAUGUCUCUGUGUUCUCUGUCAAGCGCAACACCAACAACCGCAAUGACAUAAGUCGACCUGUAGUGCUGCUGGCCCGCACACGACCUCACCCAAUCGAAGGUCUUGAGGUCAUCAAUGUGACAGCCAGUGCUGUGUGGGUGCGUUGGGCCCUGCACCGGAUCCGACAUGCCACAGUCAGUGGCGUCCGCCUGACUCUGCACCAACCCGGGGCCCAGGAGGCUCAGACGGCUGAUGUGGACCAGCAUGUGGACAAGUUCAUGUUCGGGGAACUGCUGCCGGGAAGGAGGUACACCAUCCAUGUGGCAGCCCUCAGCGGGCAGGUGGGGCAGGAGCCCUCCACUGAGAGCCUGGCCUCAGCCCCACUGCACAUCUGGACCCGGCCCCUGCCCCCCGCCAACCUGAGCGCUGCCCGGGUCACGGCCACCUCUGCCCAUGUGGUGUGGGAUGCACCUGUGCCCGGCACCCAGCUGGAGGCUUACGUUAUCAACGUCACAGCCAGUCAGAGCACCAAGAGCCGCUACGUCCCCAACGGGCGGCUGCUGGCCUACACUGUACGAGACCUGGCGCCUGGGCGCCACUACCAGCUCUCUGUGACGGCCGUGCAGGGCGCCGAGGGCCAGCAGCUGCACAGCGAGCCAGCGAACCUGUACAUCAUCACCUCUCCCAGGGACAGUGUGGACAGACGCUGGCACCGGGAGGGCCCGCAGCCCCGAGGGCUCAGGAACCGGAUGAUGCCCGCACACCUGCCGGAGCUGCGCCUGCUGAGCAACCAGGGUGGCCCCCAGACACCCACCCAGGCCCCCAGGUUCUCAGAGCUGGUGGGUGGCAGAGGACAUACAAGUGCCAAGGCAGGCAGUGCAGCCAGCAAGUCAGUUCCCAUGAGGCCAGAGCACCCAACCCUGGCACAACCCAGGAACCCAGAUGAGGCAGCCCAGCGCCCCAAAGGAAACGCCAGGGACAAGGAUUUGAACAGCAUGAGCGGCGUGACCGACCUCUCCAGGUCCCCUCAGAAGAGGACUUGACCCAGGCCCAAGUGUCCCCACAAUCUGCAGCUUGCCGAUGGGGAGCCAGCAGGAAGAGUCUGGCAUUACCUCAGGUGCCCUGCUGGUCAUGGUGCAUGGUCAGUCAUCUAUGAUCCCUGCCAUCGUCUUCAUGAGCCCAUGCCAGUUCUCUCAUCCUUGGUUAUGUUGCUCGGUGCUUUCUAAGUGCUUGACAAACAGCCAGCGGCUUGGGAACCCACCUGAUCAGACACCAACAUACAACACUCUGGUGGUCUCAAGCCAGGGAUUCUGGUGCCAAACUCUCUUUGGAGCAACCGUGGGGAGGAGUGAUACCAUGUGUGCAUAAGCACACCUCAACACUGGGGGCUCUAUGUAAUGUAAGCCUCAGCCUGGCUUCGCUCAGAACUGCUCCUGUCACCCACACCCUUCCAAUGAGAUGUGGUUCCAUCACCCACAUCCUCACAAUGAGAUGUGAUCCCUCGGCCAUACCCUCACAGUGAGGAGAUAGUUCCUAUUAACCACACCCUCAGUGAGAUAUGGUUCCUAUCACCCAUACACCCUUACAGUGAGAAGAUAGUUCCUUUCUGUCACCCACACCAUCGGUGAGAUGUGGUUCCAUACCCUUAUAAUGAGAUGUGGUUCCUUUCACUCACACCCUCAGUGAGGAUAGUUCCUGUCACCCACACCAUCAGUGAAAUGUGGUUCCAUCAACCACAGCCUUAUAGUGAGGAGAUGUAGUUCCUGUCACCCACAACCUCACAGUGAGGAGAUGUGGUUCCAUCAUCCACAUCUCACAGUGAGGAGUUUCGAGAGACUCCAGUGUCCCAGUCCCCAAAUUCAAGAAGGUGGGCAUGCCUUUUGGGGUUUGGGUUUAUGUGUGCUCUUCCCUGAUGUCAAUCUGAGAUCUCACAUGCCUCAGUUCCUUGAUGAGCCUCUAGUCAGGUCCAACCUUUCACUUGACGCUCAGAGGCCCUACAUGUUCCACGAAAGUGACAAGUCAGUCUGUCUGGCUAUGAGAGACUCCAAGUGUCCAUAGGCCAAGCCCCAGAGCUGGGCCUCACAGGCAGCACUCUC